AUGCGUGUUGUCGUGCAAGAUAUCCUUAUGGCAGAUAGGUAUCCCAUGUCGGACGAUGAGGAUGAGGAUGCCGAUCAGUUACUUGGUGCCCCUACGAACAAUGCUUCUCUAAAUGGACAAAAUUUCACAGAGGCUGUGGAUCCUGUUUCUUAUCGCGAAAAAGAUUCUGGAUCCAGCUUUGUUUCCAAUAGGCGUAAGGGAACAAGUGGCCGGCGGGAGGCUGCAGACGAUCUCCCUCAAGACAUUACAGGUCACCUGGAAGGGAGUCCUGGAAAAUUUGUCGUUCGGAGUGACAAAGGCAGUCGUGUAGACAGACUGGCGGGCAAUUUCAAGGCUAAGGCUAAUACUGAUACUAUGGAGGAUUCUCUGGUUCAAUCCAGUUUGUCUUCCUUUCCUGAGGAGGAGUAUUAUACUGUGCUUUUUGGUAACAACAACUGGUAG